GACUCCCGUUGCUCGAGGCGCGCGGAGGGGCCACCCGAAUUCUGGCGUGAGGGCCUAGAAAAAAGAUUAGUGCGGGGGCUGGACCCGUCAGCUAUGCUCUGGCUCUGGCCGGCUGCGUGGCCUCUCGGCCCUCGCAGCCGUCUGCGCUUCCCGGGACAUUUUGGCCCAGGCAUCGCCUGGGAGAUCUUCCGAUUGGACCCCUGGGAGGGAUGUCUCAGGAUUUGGUGAAAUCAGCCUCACCUUCCCAGAUGCCCGGUAUGGAAUGAGCCACCCCGCGCCUCCACCCCUUGCCCGGGACUUGGCUCUCUUGGGCACGUUCUGCCUGACUGUUUGGAGGAAAAUGCUUCUGUGUGCUAGCGCCACUGUGCUGGGGCUUUCCUUCCCGCGCGUGUCCUCCCACCCAAGGCUCCUUCCACCAGCGGGGUCCGGUGGCCGGGACGGGAGACUCAGUGUGGGGCCAGCAGGCUAAGAGAUCCCCGGGGAGGCGGGCCGGCGGGCGGCGGCGAGCUCUGGGCCGGUUGUCUCCAGCGCGCACUAUCGCAGGCGCAUAGUAGAUGUCGCUGUUGUCCGUGCUUACGCGGCCGGCCGGCCAGGCUCUGGAGCACGUGACCUGCGAGGAGGCUGCGGCUCAAGGCCAUUUUCAAAUCUCAUUGGCUUGGUUGUCAUGUGGUCGGCAGAGGCAUCCACAAUUACACGGGGAAUGUUUUCCUAGAGAUGUCAGCCUACAAAGGACACAAUCUCUCUUCUUCAAAUUCCUCCCCAAAAUGUCCUUUCCCAACAGCUCUCCUGCUGCUAAUACUUUUUUAGUAGAUUCCUUGAUCAGUGCCUGCAGGAGUGACAGUUUUUAUUCGAGCAGCGCCAGCAUGUACAUGCCACCACCUAGCGCAGACAUGGGGACCUAUGGAAUGCAAACCUGUGGACUGCUCCCGUCUCUGGCCAAAAGAGAAGUGAACCACCAAAAUAUGGGUAUGAAUGUGCAUCCUUAUAUACCUCAAGUAGACAGUUGGACAGACCCGAACAGAUCUUGUCGAAUAGAGCAACCUGUUACACAGCAAGUCCCCACUUGCUCCUUCACUACCAACAUUAAGGAAGAAUCCAAUUGCUGCAUGUAUUCUGAUAAGCGCAACAAACUCAUUUCUGCCGAGGUCCCUUCGUACCAGAGGCUGGUCCCUGAGUCCUGUCCUGUUGAGAACCCCGAGGUUCCUGUCCCUGGAUAUUUUAGACUGAGUCAGACCUACGCCACCGGGAAAACCCAAGAGUACAAUAACAGCCCCGAAGGCAGCUCCACUGUCAUGCUCCAGCUCAACCCUCGUGGCGCGGCCAAGCCGCAGCUCUCGGCUGCCCAGCUGCAGAUGGAAAAGAAGAUGAACGAGACGGCGAGCGGCCAGGAGCCCACCAAAGUCUCCCAGGUGGAGAGCCCAGAGGCCAAAGGCGGCCUUCCCGAAGAAAGGAGCUGCCUGGCUGAAGUCUCCGUGUCCAGUCCUGAAGUGCAGGAGAAGGAAAGCAAAGAGGAAAUCAAGUCUGAUACUCCAACCAGCAAUUGGCUCACUGCAAAGAGUGGCAGAAAGAAGAGGUGCCCUUAUACUAAGCACCAAACCCUGGAAUUAGAAAAAGAGUUCUUGUUCAAUAUGUACCUCACCCGCGAGCGCCGCCUAGAGAUCAGUAAGAGCGUUAACCUCACCGACAGGCAGGUCAAGAUAUGGUUUCAAAACCGCCGAAUGAAACUCAAGAAGAUGAGCCGAGAGAACCGGAUCCGAGAACUGACCGCCAACCUCACCUUUUCUUAGGUCUGAGAUCGGUGAGAGGCCGGGAUCAGAGAGGGGCACCGCAUUCCAGGGCCCGGUGCUGGAGGACUGGGAAGGCAGAAACAAAACCUUCAUUGCUCUUUGUUUUUCGUUUUGUUUUGUUUUGUUUUCCUGCUAGAAUGUGACUUUGGGGUCAUUCUGUUCGUGCUGCAAGUGAUCUGUAAUCCCUAUGAGUAUAUAUAUAUAUAUUAAAAAACUUAGCACGUGUAAUUUAUUAUUUUUCAUCAUAAUGCAGGGUAACUAAUACUGCGCAUUUUCAUUUGGAUCUUAACUUAUUGGAACUGUGGAGCAUCCAUCUAGCCAUCCAUCCAUUCAACCAUCCAACAAUGUGACUUUUUCAUGUUUUUCCUCACACAAAAUUUCUCUGUAUGUGGUUAGCCCAUGGACUCGUGGCAUUUUGAAUACAUCCAGUACUUUUAAAAAAUUACAUAUAUAUUUAAAAAUUAAGAAAACCCACAAGCUUUGGGGGAGGGGGACUAAAAAGCACAUUACAAUGUAUCUUUUCACAAAUGAACUUAGCAAUGUCCUUGGUGAAAUGGAAUAUUGACAACUUAUGCCUUGUAGCCUUUCCCUUGUGGUGCAUCUGUGGUUUGGUAGAAGUACAACAGCAACCUGUCCUUUCUGUGCAUGUUCUGGUCGCAUGUAUAAUGCAAUAAACUCUGGAAA